UACACUGGUACACCGGACCAUAAUCGACCAUUGAAGGUGUUGUGUAGUAAUGAUGUCUCUGGGUAGGUUGUCAGUCAGUUCUGUCCUGAGAUAUGGAGGGAGGCUACUUUCUACCUCUUCCACUCCUCAAGCUAAAGUUGCUGUUUUAGGAGCUGCAGGUGGCAUAGGCCAGCCAAUGGCACUCCUCUUGAAACAGUCUCCUCUCGUUUCUCAACUGGUACUGUAUGAUGUCGUUAACACUGCCGGAGUUGCUGCUGAUAUCAGCCACAUUGAAACACCAGCUCAGGUUAGCUCUUUUGAGGGACCAGACCAGUUGAAUGAAGCUCUGACUGGUUGUGAUGUAGUAUUAAUACCAGCUGGGGUACCUCGUAAACCCGGUAUGACUAGGGAUGACCUGUUCAAUACUAAUGCUACAAUUGUGUUGAAAUUAUCUCAAGCAGCUGCUAAAGCUUGUCCUAAUGCAAUGUUGGGUAUUAUUUCUAACCCUGUCAACUCAACCGUACCAAUUGCCUCCGAAGUCUACAAGAAGGCCGGAGUGUAUGAUCCAUGCAGGAUAUUUGGUGUUAGUACAUUGGACGUGGUGAGAGCCAAUACCUUCAUAGCUGAGGCUAAGGGACUUGAUGUAUCAGCUACUAACGUGCCAGUAAUAGGAGGACACUCUGGGGUCACUAUACUCCCACUGUUGUCACAAGUCACUCCCUCAGUCUCGUUCACUGAUGAUGAAGUGUCUUCAUUAACCACGAGAAUACAAGAGGCUGGGACUGAAGUCGUGAAGGCUAAAGCUGGAGCUGGUUCUGCGACGUUAUCAAUGGCAUAUGCAGGUGCUAGAUUUGCUUUUUCAUUGCUAAGAGGAAUGAAAGGAGAGAGUGUGGUUGAGUGUGCUUAUGUGGCUUCUAAUGUCACUGAAGCUGCUUAUUUUGCUACUCCUCUUCAAUUAGGACCUCGUGGAUUAGAGAAAAAUUUAGGAAUGGGAACCUUGUCAAAUUUUGAACAACAGAAAUUAGCAGAAGCAAUGCCAGAACUACUGGGAAAUAUUGAAAAAGGAGUGAAAUUUGCAAACGAAAACUAGAAGACGUGAACCAAACACUUGUAGUACAAUUUGUGUAUUAUUAUUAUUAUUAUUAUUAGUAUUGUAAUAGCUAUUAUUUCAAAGUAUAGCUGAUCAAUUUGAAGUA